CUUCUAGACCCUUCCGCUUUCAAGAAGGCGGUGCGAAGACCCAUCCCACCGGCCUUUCUUCCAGUGCUAUGCCUGAGCGUCUUCCAGCUGCUUGGGCUACGGCGGUAGGCCACACGAGCGACCCGGUGGAUGUGCUGAAACAGCAGCUGAGGGAGGCUCAAAGCGCCCAUGAUGAGCUUUUGCAACAGAUGAAAGUUGCGGAGGGCACAUGGAGAAGAUGCAUCGAAGAAGCUGAACAGAAGGAGGCAGCAGCCAAGAAAGAGCUCCAAGGCUGCAAGGCCCUUCUGGAGAAGCAGCGGCCCAGAAGAAGCUUGGAACUCUCCAGGCUCUUGCGGAAGCUGCAGCGGAACGUGGCGCGUGAGAUCCGCGAUGCGCAGCAGGGCUUUGUCAUCAAGAAAGUCACCGAGAAGCAUGGCAAGACUGAGGCGGACGGAGGUGGAGUUUGUCCCAACACCUGUGUCCUCAAGUGGUGCCAUGUGGAGGAAUCCUUUGGUCCCACAUCCAAGAGCGUUGAUCUCCAAACGGUGCAGCGCUUGGACUUUGGCCCCUCCGCACGGGCGGCGAAGCUCUUUCCCGAGGUGAUGCCUUGGCUGUGCUUCUCGGUCAUCACCGGAGAGAGGUCCUAUGACUUCAUCGGCUCCAACGAAAGCUCCACGCGUUGCUUCGUGUUAUGCAUCUCCAGAUUGUGCGAGAAAUUUGCGGGCGGUACCUUUCGAACACGCCAUGACUUUGAGGUGGCCAAGGGUUGGUGCAAAUUGAAGACAGGAUGCCAACGUCGGGGACGCACGCUACUGCAGGAGUUCUUGACAUCCGUGCAACACGUGGGGGCAACACUGCCGCCUCCCGUCCAGCCACCUGUGGUCGAGCUGGCCGGUGCUGCAGAGAAGCCAAUGGAUCUGUUUGACUUCUUUGACGAGCCAUCGCCCACGCAGCAUGCCGCUCGCGGACCCGCCGGUUCCGCGGGUUCCGUCCCAGAGCCCACGUCCCCGCAGAGCUUCCGGAGUACCGGCAGCAACGGCGACUCGAUCACGCGGACGGGGUCCUUUCAGCCCUUCACCAGGCUGGCAUCUGCCGGGGGUGACCUGGGCUCCAAUGCGAGGGGCUUUGUAUCCUGGAUGACCUCUGGUGGCCAAGGUUCCUGGCCGAAGCCUGGAGAGACUUGGGUCUUUACGGGAUGCGUGGAACAGGUGGAUUUGUACCGCACAGCGGAUGCCACGGAAUGGGUGAACGAAAUGGCCUGUCGUUCGCAAAGUGAACGCAGGGCGGUGAACAUUAUCUCCGCACUUCCGCAGCAGAACAUGGUGGAGAUUAGGGGUACCGACAAGUUGAAGUUCGUGAAGGGUUGGCACGCUUCGACCCGUGGACGGGCGAUCGCGCGAUCGAGGAGUAGAGACUGAGAGUGACGACUAUGUGGUUCCAGUAGGGAGCAUAACCAUGACCUUGAGGCCUUGAGCUUAAGGAUUGUGUGUGGGAAUUGGAUUUGGGGUGAAUCUUUGGGAGAAGGACGUGGGCAGUACUUAGCGAGCAUGUGUGAAAAGUGUUGACGUUGCAGGGGGAGAAACGAAACGGGACAUGGGAUUGCCCUGGUGGAAGGGAUCCAACAGGCAUGCGAAACUGUAGAGGUCAUCGACUGCGGAGACCGGCUUCGCUUCCUUAGCGGACUCGCCUGGCCGAUCGGAGCUGCCCUCGAAACGAAAAGGUUGCGUUUGGCGGCUUUGAGGGCACGGAGAUCCUCUAUGCGAUACUUUUUGGGGUAGUUUUUACACAUAUUUUUACACGUUUAAAGUGUUAACAUAUUGUUGUUGUUAGUUGAUUAUACUGCGUAUAGUCCCAAUGUGUGUUUCAGACUGCACUGAACAUAGACAUACACAUCAUUGCACUGCUUACGAGGGGCCUUUUUGGUCGUUUAUAUAUUCUUGUUCAGGCUGAUUUGAGAUGCGUACUCGCCGGGCGCCAGUGGCGCGUGUCAGGGCCCGUAUGGUGGAUGAUCAUGGCAACUGGUUGCUGGAGAAGGCCGCCAAAUGAGGCCUCUCUCGGCGACAUACGGCGACGGGGUUUUCAACCGUCGGACGUCCCCGUUGGACCAGACCGAGGUUGGUAUACGACGCAUCCAGAAGUUGGGAAGGUCUCAUGCGAAAAUAGCGCUGUGGAUGAGGUGUUUGGUUGAACUGAUAUUGUGUGGCCAGGAAAGACAGCGCUAGCGAUGUGUUAUUUGUGCGGCUGUGAUGCUGGGAGAGUUUACAGGUUUGGCCUUGGUCUGCGGGGUGUCGAUUAAGCCCGCCAGAUUGCGAAGAGAAAAGUCGUAAAACGUCGCAAAAGGGCUGCAGCUGCUCAUGGCAUGUGUUCCAUAGCAUGUGAUAUCCUGCAACUCUUUAGCCGCAAGCGAGCCAGGAGCUUUCCUACAUUUGAGUGUUGUUUGUGGUGAAUGUCUGUCAGGUUUAAACUAUAUACAUUGUAGAGCAAUUGGGCUUGAUUUGAGGUUGCAUUCAAUGUUGGCGUCCUUCCCGGAACAACCGUUCAACUCCCUCAAUUGAUG